AGUGGUGAAAGGCGGGGGAGCCAGUUUCGCUCUCACAGAUGACGGGCAAAUCUGAUGAUAGAGUGAACCCGGACUUUUGUCGAGUUUGCCGUUGUGAGGGGACUGCAUCGAAACCUCUAUUUCAUCCUUGUUUAUGUACUGGGAGUAUUAAAUAUAUUCAUCAAGAUUGCCUCGUUCGUUGGCUUGAGUAUAGCAAAAGAAAUACUUGCGAAUUAUGUAAUCAUCGGUUUGCUUUCACUCGAAUUUAUGCAUCUGGCACUCCACGAUUUCUGCCGCUCACCGUGUUGGCUGUGGGACUGGCCAACAGCUUGCGUCGAUUUGUACUAAACUGGAUUCACUUGUCGAUUGUCUUCACUGCAUGGUUGGUUGUAGUUCCUUUAUCUGCCUGUCGCAUGUACCGUUGUCUUUUUACUGGUAGCGUUUUCUCACUCCUCACGCUUCCAUUAGACAUGGUUUCCACAAAACACUUAUUACAAGAUUGUGUUCAGGGUUUCAUUAUUGUAAUUCUUGCAUUGGCUGCAUUUUUGGGUUAUGUUUCAUUGCGAGAACAACUUCUCCAAGGAACACCAGCGUGGUUGGAACAUGAUGCUCAUGCAGGAGCUCGUGGUGCUGGUCCUCCCCAUCCUCCUCGUCCUGCCGCUGGGGCCAAUGGUAGGCGACCUUUAUUUCCGGAUAUUUUCAAUAUUUUUGGUGUUGCAAAUGGUGGUGGUUUAGGUGCUGCAGUUUUCGGUGAAGGCAAUGAAGAUCCUGUUGAACCUGAAAUAUUUAACAAUGAUGAACAACAUCAUCAGACUGUUCAACAAGAAUUAGUGAAUCCUGAACAUAUCACGUGUUCCUCUCUAAACCAACAACAACCGGUGAUAAACAGUGGUAUUUCACAAUCAUUAGAGUCUUCACAUGAAUCGGCAGAUACUGUAAAUCAUGAUACAUCAUCUAAUCCACAACAAUUGGCUUGGUAUAUGGAAAAUACAGGAGUUAAUUUGGAUGGGGAUAUUCCUGACGAAGAUGGUAGAGCCAAUAAUGAUCCAGCAGAUGCAGAUGGUGCACCAGAAGCUAUGAAUUGGAAACAUUUAUUGGGUCUAGAUGGAUCUUUAAAUUUUCUGGAACACGUUUUGUGGCUUAUUGCUUUAAAUACUUUGUUUAUUGUCAUAUUUGCCUUUUGUCCAUAUCAUAUGGGUCAGUUUACUGUGUUGGGAUUCAAUUUGGAACGUUUUAUUAAUGCAACGCACAUGGAAGGGUUUAGUACAAGUUUAAUUGGUUACAUUAUUUUCGCUUUUGCUUUGAUUCUUAUGCAUGAAAUAUUCGCUAUUCUCAAUAUGCCUCGAGCUUGUUAUUGGACCGGUCUGGGUUACAUAUACAUCAAAGUUGCUUUGGUUUCUUUAAUGGAAUUGGGUAUUUUCCCCAUUUUGUCUGGAUUUUGGAUAGAUGCUUGUACUUUGUCUCUGUUCAAUGCGACGUUAACUCAACGAGCCAGUGUAUUUCAUUAUGCACCAGUUGCUUUCACCUUUAUUCAUUGGGCAAUUGGAAUGUUGUACAUAUUUUAUAUGGCGUCUUUGCUUGUACUGGGUCGAAGUGUACUACGUCCUGGUGUUUUACGCUUCAUAUACCAUUUUAAUGAUCCGGAUUAUAAGCCUAUUCAAGAUAUGAUACUUCAACCAUUACCACUAUACAUACAACGUUUAAUUGCUACUUAUUCAGUUUGGGGUAUAUUAAUCGUACUUAUGCUAUGGUUACCUACAGAAGUUAUUCGGCAUUCCUUUCCUAAAUUCCUGCCAUUUCGUAUUAACGCAGCUUAUGACAGUCCAUUGGAUUAUUCAUUGGAAAUGAUACUAUUACAAGUUGUUCUACCAUUCUUAUUGGAUAAUCAAGCUAAAACAACACUUCGUCAAAUUUUACGUUGGUGGUGUAUAUGUGUAUCAUGGUUGCUUGGUUUACGUAGUUACUUACUCGGUGAUAUUCCAUUUUCACCAGGGGAUUUUAUUGUUACUGAAAAUGGAACAGAAGUACCAUACAAACGACGUCGAAAUUCUCAUAAUCAAACAUCUAAUUUAAAUAGUCAUUCGGGAUUCGUGUCUGUAGAAUCGUCUCAACAGAUAUUGACUAAUAAACCAGACGAUAUUUCGACAGAUUUGUAUGCUCCAAAUUUAUCAUCGUCAUCAUCAUAUGGACAGAUUACUUUAACAAAUAAUCCAUGUCGUGAACAAUCCCAACCUGAACAUAAUGAACAAGAUAACGUUAAUCAUGCACAAGCUGAUUAUGAUAAUGAUGAUGAUACAGAUUUUACACGUUAUGUUCCAUAUAAACGAGGCAAUUUCUUCAAAUUACGAAUUAUUGGCUUAAUUCUAAUCUUAAUUACUAGUUUGAUAUGUUUAAGUUCAACUGUACUAAUUGUACCAGUUGGUAUUGGACGUUUAUUAUUGUUGAAUUUAAGCGGAACUGGUUCUACAUCGAAGCAUGAUGCUAUCGCUUUAGUCGGUGGAUUCACUGUUCUGGGAGUAAUUCUCCGUCUAGCUCCUUGCAUACCGUAUCUUUUCAAUGGAAUUUAUCGAAUUAUUAUGUUGAUUGGUCAAAGUGGUAGUUUAAUUAGUUGGUCUAGACCAUUACGUGUAUUUAGAAUUUGGACUCGUUUAGGUACAACAUGUGAAAUUACAAUACGACGACCAGCAUUACCAAUGGCUCCUAUGAUUGAUUUGAAUCGACAUUAUGGAUUUCAAUCUACUGCGGAUACGAAUAUUGGAAUACAUCUACAAAAUUAUCUACGAAUAGUAAUAAAUUGGUUACGUCUAUUUUGUAUUGCUGUAGUAUGUCUAGGCAUUCUCCCAACAGCUUUAGGAUUAUUAAUCAACUUCAUUUUCAUUGCACCCUUCCGUAUUGGACCAAAGAAAACGAUUAUUAUUGGGUUUUGGGAGCAUUGGAUAUUUGGUAUUAUGCAUUUAAAAGUGGUUAUCUUACUUACUCUUCUUGGACCGCCAUGGUGGUUACGAAAUCGUUUAGAAUUAUUUCAUGAUGAAAUUACACAUCGUCGGCAAGAUGCUCGUUGUAUGCGUUUACUUUGGGCAAUUGCACCAUUGCUUGUAACUAUUGGACUAUCAUUAAGUGUACCAUAUUUAUUAGCUUAUUAUAUUAGUCCAUUAAUCGGUAAGAUUUUUACCUGGCUGUUAUACAGCGUAUUUUUCAAGAAUCCUGAUUGUUUAUUUAUUGUGUUGAUUGCUUUUAAAGUACAUAUAUUUUUUAUUAUCAACUUAUUAUGCUAUAAUAAUGAUAUUGUUUCAUAUUCCUUUAUAAGCAAAUAUCUAGACAUUUGUAUACGUGUCUCUCAUAUCUGUUCGUUAACGUCAGUAAGCAGUAGUAAAUCGAUUACAUUCUACGUAAUACUACGUUUUGUUCAUUACAAUAUUUGCUGUAUCGAUUUUCAACAAUUCCUAAUUAGAGACGACUGAGUUCUACGGGAUUUUGGUGUAGAUCAUUAGACAACUGUUACAUUACACUUUAACGGUAAUCCCUUUCACUAUGGAAAAGUCAGAUUAUGAAAAGUCUCACAUUCAAGAUAAAUUUAUAGUAGAAUAUCUUCAUAUAUAUAAUAACAAAGCCAUGACCUUGGGGAAUAGAGUAAAAUUAGCAGGAUAGGAUACGUGUCCGUAAAUCUGUAGUGUAUCUAGCACUCAACAUACAGUGUGUAGUAUUAAGCAUUUUCUGUUCACUUAGUGGGCGAGUGUGACAUAUAAAACCAUAAUUUUCACUGGGAACUUCAUGUCAAGUCGUAACUUCUACUUCUUUUGCUUUUUCAUCUGGCAAAUUGAUAUGCGUUACAUUGGCUUGUUUGUUGAAGAGAUAUGCAGGUGGCUUCAGAUAGUCAAAAUGAAAUCCUGAGUGGAAAUUAUGCUCUUAUUGGUAGCAUUCACCAACUAAAUAAUCGAAAAUGUUAGAUACUGCACUUUAUUGAACUUGAAAAAAAUGAUAGUUAUCCUCGCAUAAAAUUACAAAUACAAACUAUCAAAUAGCGGUAAAGGUUAUUAAGGAAAAAAAAUUAUCGUGGAUAUUUCUAUCAUAAAACGUCGGAUAACAAGGUCCUCUUUAAAAAGUUUAUGCACAUUCUAUUAAUUCGAUUCAACCCCUUCCUACUUUGUGGUAUGAGCAAUAAAUGAAUAAAAACAAAACAGGGUCAUUUUUAAUUAAUUUAUAGUGGUUUGGGAUAUUUUGCCUCAAAUUCGAUGUAAUAAUUCGCUAAUGUGCUUCCUGUAUGGAUUGUCUUGAUAUAGCUGUCAUGAUAUGAGUUUUAAUAAAAUAAAUGGUAUCAAGACUAUUUUACGUUCUAUAUCAUUAACUUCCUUUCAACUUAUGUACAAUUAUAUACUACUCAUUAAUAUUCAGUAAACAGUUCUAGCGCACGUUUAUCGUGUAUUGUUCCAUAAUAUUUACAUAUACGUAUAACAUUUAUUGCAUGUCAUUUAAUUACUUUCUCUUAAUCCUUGUAGCAGCAAUUCGUAUAGUCGUCUAAUCCUUGUUUAAACGCAAUAGUUUCCAUAUUGUUUGCUCUUGGUUCAGUUUUUGCUUGUUGGUAGACUGUUAGACAGAGCUAUUAGCUGUCAUUUGCAUUAUCGUAUGUUGUGAUUAUUCUUUACGUUAUUAUUACAGAGAGCCUUUCCUAUUUCAGACUUACAGAUCCCUCACAAGUUGACGUUUGUGGCUAAAUCAUGCUUACUAUCCAAUAAAGAACAGAUUUUUAGACAAAUCGCUGUUUUGUGCGUAUCUCAAUUGUGUGAUUUAGACGCUCCGAUAGAUUUAACAGAUAAAAUAUGCCUAGCAGUAUAACUCAAGACAUUCAUCUCGUUUUGCUUGAGGCACGUCAUCUGAAUUCACCUGCAUCCCAGAGUUGAUGUUAACUUACUCAAACCCAGUAUCUAUCUAAUAUAUAUACUCUGCAACAAAAUGUGUCGAAUCAUAAAUCAUUGUUCUCUGUGGAGUUAUGUAUUGUCGAUGAUUGAGACACAUUUGAAUAAAUUCACAUCUUUUCAUUUAUCGGUUGUACUUUUACUGAUAGGAAAACAUACAGCUUAAAGCGAAAUGCUAAGAAUACAAGCUAUAUUUUGGUUAAUUUUUCUUUAGCAUCAUUAGAUAGGCAACCGUGUUUCAACGGCUUCUGAUUAUCGACCUGCAUCUUAUAUUUCUAAUGCAACAUAGGCAUAUCUUUGUUCAAUCAAUACGUAUGUUGAAGGUAGGCUGAAACAACUUCGCAGAAAUAUCCCAUGUGAUGUAAUGUAAUGUUUUUAACGAUAUAUUUAUAUAUCACUAUUACCUACGUAAUAAUAAUUUUUUUAUUGACUUGUUUAUUUCCCUACAGCAUUAGAUAGAGAAGUUGCGUUUCGAUACAUAUAUCCAUUUCUUUUCGCCUUGUUCAUCUCGUCAGUGUUACUGACUCUGUGUAUCGACCAAAUUCGACGUCUUUAUUUGCAUAUUAAAGAUGAAAAGUAGGUUUGUAGUAAAAAUCUUAUUCUAUGUAGUUGACUAUUUCAAACAUCAAAUAUUUGUUCAAUAAAUAGGCAAAAUAUUAAGGUCAUAACUUCACAUUUUCCUCGUCAUUUGUGACUGCAAUCUCGAUUUUCGAUUAUUUCUGAACAUCUUCAGAAGUUAAGCAUUUCUAGUUAGUAAAGUGACGAAUUUUGGAAAAAUUCGAGUCAAUAAUACGUAUAAUAGAACUACAGGCUUGAUUGGCCGGUAACUGAAUAGAUGAAAGCCAACCAAGUCAAGAUGACUGCAAUCAUUGAACGCAUAAAUACAAUGAGAUAUGUUGUUGAUUAAAUUCUGUUAUAAUUAACAUAUAUUAGCUCAUAUCGCUUGCUGAACAGACAGAUCAUGUUUACUCAUUAUGUAUUACAUAAUUACUUAUGUAAUCAUACGAAAAAAGAUAUUACCAGUCUCAAAGAUAAUGUAUGUCUCGCUGAUUAUUGCGUAAUAUCUUACAAAACAGGCUAACUAUCUUUAAUUUACUAUCAUAACUAACAACCGAACAGAUUUAAAAUAAAGAAAUCUCAAUUAAGUAAAUGUUUGUUUCCGACAACAUCGUUUACCUUAGCUAUACAUCCAUGAUCAAGGAGGUUAGAGAACAAUAGCAGGAUGAAAAUAAUUUACGGGUCAGAAAUAUGACAUAAUUGUUCACUUGACAGAUAUAAAGACGAAAUGCUGAUUUCGCCGUUCUCUUUAUUUUUAUCCAAUGACAAAAUAGAUUAAAGUUUAAACCUAUUACGCACAUGAAAUAUUUAAACGCGCAUAGAUCCCUUUUAUCCUAACUCAUUUUAAGUUGUAUUUAUGAAAAUCUUCAGAUUUUUUGAAAAAUAAUUUUUUAGAUAUUUAGUUGGCAAACAACUGCUUAAUUUUCGACCAUCGCCAAGUCAAUCAUUAGUUCCGUCGUCAUCAUCAUGACCAUCCAAUUGCAAGUUAGUUAAUUUGGACAUACACUACUAAUUCACACUGUCUAGACAUGUAAAGAGCAUCACUUGAUAUUUUUGGAAGAAGCCCACAACUUCACUCUGGAACAACAUUUUGUUCUCACUAAUGAUAUUUACUGUUUCGAACAACCCAACAUUUUUAAAAAAUAUCACUGUUAGAGUAUUAUUUUGCAUACACAAUAAAUAUACAAAUCCCCAACCCGGGCACAAAAACAAGUACACUGAUUAAUGAUCUUUGAUUUAUUCUGUACUUAAGAUAUUUUUUCUCGAUAAAAAAAAACAAACAAACGCGACUAUACAAUAUUUAUGAAAAUACAUGUUUUCAAAUUUUUCUUACAUCAAUUUUCUCAUGCCUUUUUGUUUUCACUUGAAUAUGCUUUUGAAGAUAAAAAGAAGGUAUAAAAAUAAUAGCAAAUUAAUGACAGAUGCAUAAUAUAAACUGUACCAAAUAGUUAACAAAUGGGUUAAUACAAUCCGCAUACGCUCUGCGAAAAUACAUUUUCCAAUUAGUGUGUACACUGUUACUAUUAUAAAGUAUAUUAUAUAACACUUCUAUAUUACUAUUCAAUAAUAUUGUAACAGAAAUGUAUGUCGAUCUAUUAGUUAAACAGAAAUGGAAUAUUAU